AUGGCAGAAGCAGCAGCUACAUCUGGUAAUAAUAAUGAUGAUGAGCAGCCGAUUCUCUCUCCGGCUUUCCAUCCUCUGGCAAUUGGGAACCCAGGCGACAAGCCCCCAUCUCAUGAAGAUAUUGUCGCAGUUAUAAACAUCUUGAAGGAUGCUGGUAUAUGCUGUUGUUUUGUUGAUGAGGUUGCUCUGAAUUAUUAUGGGGCAAAACGGGUCCGUAAUGAUUAUGUCCUCUGUGUCCCCGAUGAACAGCAUGAACAGGCAACAAAAUGCUUUGCCUCACACAAUACUAUUUUCGAACCAGUCGGCCCUUCACCUGUUAAAGGCGUGCAUUCCCUGCAUCACCUGUAUCCUCGAUUCAAGGCUAUCGGCAGGACGGAUUUCUUGUUGAUCCUGCCGGCGAGUUACUGUCAUAUUGACUGUAAACCGGAGAACAUCGAGUGGGGGCAAUGGGGGAAAAGCGCUUCAUUGCCAUAUCCGAAGCUCAAUGUUUACGCUCAGAGUAUGAUUGACACCCGAAAUGGGGUCGAUCUAUCAGAUCUCAUCGACGGGAUGGACCUUUCUGAGGAAUGGGGAGAAGAGAGUCUCGAUCUGGAAGGUGACUGCGACUUACAAUGGGCCCAGAAACGGGUCGAGGCUCUCCGAGCAGCCGCUCCUACGCCUGAACAGAGGGCUACCUUCCUUGAUCCCAAGCCUUUUCCUCGGCGGGAGUUUUGGCAAGAACGGGCGAGCAUUGGGAGCAAACGGAGGCGUCUGGGGUGGAAAUAUUCCCCCGAGAUCUAUGCGACGAGGUUUCGUAGGCAUGGCUCGAAAGACCCGAGGUUGCGUGGAAUGAAGAAGGAUCUUGCUGCUAAAGCUGAGUGCACGCAGCAGGAAUGUCAACAAGAUGGUGGCGACUUGGGAAAUUGCUAA